CAGCCUUUCAAAUAAAACCAUCACUGUGGCGUGUCUUUAUAUAUUGUCUCCGCCGUGAUCCUUUCUUUUCAUAUCAUUCAGUGUUGUGCCAAAAUGACAGACAACAAUCCAAAACCACCACCUGAUACACCUGACAGUGAUGAUUUCUGCAACCAGUGGCCUUUUGAGCUCUCUGAGUACAUGCAAUUCGAUGAUAACCAAUGGAUGCAUGACGAUAUUCCGUCUUUUUCUUCUGAGAAUGUCUCCAACCAGGUUCAUCAACCCAGUAAUGUACGUGAGUUUGAAGGAGACGAAAGCUACUUUGAAGGGUCUUCUAGCAGAGAAACUGGUGGACGUGAGAAUCGGCAAGUUGUUAGAGAGAGAUUUGCAUUCAAAACAAUUUCAGAGAUUGAAGUGCUAGACGAUGGAUACAGAUGGAGGAAGUACGGAAAGAAAAUGGUGAAGAACAAUCCCAAUCCAAGGAAUUACUAUAGAUGUUCAGUGGAUGGAUGCUCUGUGAAGAAGAGAGUGGAGAGAGAUAAGGAUGACCCUAGGUGUGUAAUAACAACCUACGAAGGAAACCACACUCAUCCAAGUUCUUCCUAGGUUGAAUAUGAAUAAGUUUUGGCACUGUAUAGAAGUUUUGUUGGCCACAGCUACUACUACUUUCUUAUUAAU